AUGGCCUUCAAAGUACUCAUUGCGGGCGGGUCGAUCUCGGGUCUGACAUUGGCUCUCAUCUUCGAAAGAUAUGGAAUUGACUAUUUGCUCCUGGAAAAACACGCUGAAAUCGCACCUUUCCUCGGCACAACAAUCGGAAUCAACCCGAAUGGAGCGCGUAUCCUUGAUCAACUGGGCGUUUAUUCUGAGCUUGAUAGAAUUGGAGCAAAGCCCGAUACCAACUCCUACUAUGACUGGCAAGGGAAAUUGCUGGCGUCACAGAAGCCAAUUGUUCCCUUAAUGACGUGGCUUUUUGGGUAUAGCCUUUGCUUUCUCAACAGACAGGAUCUUAUUCGCGUACUAUAUGCAGCCAUCAAGGACAAGUCUAAAAUACAGACAACAGUCGAAAUUGUAGACGUCCUAGAACUCGGUUCCCGGGUUAGAGUGCUCACUCGUGAUGGCAGUGAGUAUUUGGCAGAUAUACUAGUAGGUGCCGAUGGUGUUAGAAGCCAGGUUCGGAACGAGUUGUGGCGUGUUGCCAGCGAUCAGGAGCCAGGAUACAUCCCCGCCAGAGACAAAACUUGCAUUGUCAGCGAUUAUAGCUGUAUGACGGGUAUAUCUCCGUCUCCACCUGGCAUGGAAGAUAAAGCUAUACUCCGAUCCAUCAACUACCACCGCUCCUGUGCGGUCUUUACCCAGCCUGGGGCCAAGUUAUGUUGGUGGUUAGCAUUCUUCAAAAAUGACGGCCCACUCUCACAUCCGAAUAUUCCGCGUUUUACAGUCGAUGAUCACGAAAGAAUUCUCAGGAGUUAUGGCCCUGACAAGAUAGGGACGUCAACGCUGAAUAAAAUCUACGAAACUGCACACCACAAAGUUCUCGUCCCAGUCGAGGAAUUUACUCUUGAAAAGUGGCAUUACAAAAGAAUAGUUCUCUUGGGGGACUCAUGCCACAAACUCCACCCUAUAAUUGGGCAGGGCGCUAACCAAGCCAUUGAAUCGGCAGCUUGUCUCGCUGAUCUACUUCAUGGUGUUGCCCUUGAGAAUUCACACAGCUCAAAUGAUGCCAUUGACCAUGCCUUUAGCCAAUACCAUGCUAUCCGUUAUCAUAGAGCGGUUUCUGCUAUGCAUGCAGGCCGUCUUGCCCAACGUAUUGAUUCUUUAGAUACAUGGUUUUUCAAGUAUUUGGCGCUACAUAAGGUCAUAAAAACCCCUAUAGAAAGCGGACUUCUGGCAUCUUUUGCAAAAAUGUCACUUCCAGCUGUCAGCCUGAAGGGUCUGCCACAGCCCAAACACCCAGGGAAUGUGCUAUACGAAGAUCAGAUCAGAAUGCAACCUCGUGGCAGAUCUCAGCAUACAACAAGGCUCUCUAUGCUCGGUUUUCUUUUGGUUUCAGGUAUACUUUGGUACACACAUUUUGGAUUCAGCUUGAUAUCACCGCAAAGUCAUAGGUUGGAUUUGUAUUCGGGCGUCCAGUCUAUUUGCAUCAGCGGCAUUUGGGUUAUCGAAUCAUAUCGUCUCAACCUUGGUGCAUUGAUCAGUAUCCUUCCAUUCAUCGCCAUCGCAAUGUAUAGCAAUAUAUGGCAAAUUUCAUUUGCGGUUUACUGCGCAUGGUACAUUUAUCAAUCGACAGCACCAGGGUUUUAUUAUCCGACCCCACGGGCUAUAGAUGUUGGAGUAGCCAUGUCUCUCCCUUACACAGUUCUGUUUGCGUAUGCCGUUCCAGUAUACCUGACCGCGGUUUCUGACAGUCCUACAAAUCUACCAUGGAUAUCAGCACACCUGCUAUUUCCGAUUCUAACGUACGCCUUGACCACUUUGCUUCACAGAACAAUAGCCUUGCCUACUGGGGUCAAAAUUGCUUAUACAGGUGAUCUUGAUAUACCUCAUUUGAAGCGAUAUCACAACCUUGUCUUUCUCAUCGCAGCAUCCACACAUAUAAUCACGCUUGCCACAGAAUACAAGCGAUUUGACAGUCUAAUAACCUCUACUCGAGAUUUCUGGACAGGUGCUCUAGUGGUUGUGGCAUUUUUGCGGAGUCUUCGCGGUUUGCUUUUUGGGGAUGGUAGUAUUUGGCCCUGGGGCAGUUUUGACAGGAUUAUGGAAAUGGAGGGAGAUUACGAUUGA